UCCCCCAAACAUACGAACGCGUCUCUUUCUUUACAUUCCCUCCCACAGGGGAGACAUCAAAUGACUGCGUGGCUGCUGACUGACGCCAACUAUGGAAAUUGUCUAAACAGGUUCAGUUUUCCUCUUAUCUUUCCCCCACUGCGUUUAUUUCCGUCUCUCUAGCAGUCUCGCUCCCUCAAGCUUGUGCACUUAUUGUUGCUGGUGGUGCUUCUGUCGCUUUCCACUCGCCGCCGCAUGCGCAGCUGUUGAUCUGUCCUCUCUAGAAGACCCUGAGUUCGAAUGCGACCGGAGAGGAUGAGGUAUUAAGUGUAGUAGAUUCUGUCUCGUUAUAGAGUUUCAGGUCCAUCACUCAAGGUGUUUCCCUCUAUUCCGUAUAGAUUUUGGGAUUUUUAUUGGCUUUUGUUGUGUUGUAAUUUACUGGUUUGUGCAAAUAGAAUUAUAAUUGGGUUUGAUAAGCGACGGAUUAGGGUAAAUUUUGGGUUACACUACCUGUUGCUAUCCCUAGAAAAUAUAGUAAUUGUGAAGAAAUGAGUUUUCGAAAUCUAGAAACUUGGAGUGACCUUGGAACUUCCAUGAGCAGUUCAUUUGCGAUUCCUAGGACCGAGUCGACUCACCAUCGCCUCUAUGAGUUUGCCAAAUUGGCACUUAUCAAGAUAUUUGUCCAUCCCUACGCCACUGUGUGCGAUUUGUAUUGUGGAGGAGGAGGAGUGGACGCAGAGAAAUGGGAUGGUGCUCAAAUUGGCCAUUAUAUUGGAAUUGAUGUAUCAUCAUCUGUAGUAAGUGAGAUGAGGGAAGCAUGGGAAAGUCAGAGGAAAAUUUACACUGCUGAGUUCUUUGAGGCUGAUCCUUGCACAGAAAAUUUUGGAGUGCAGCUACAGGAGAAGGCCAACCAGGCUGAUUUAGCAUGCUGCUUACAGAAUUUGCAGUUGUGUUUUGAAAAUGAGGAAAAUGCAAGGAAACUUCUACAUAAUGUGUCAUCUUUGCUUAAACCAGGGGGUUAUUUUUUCGGUAUUACUCCUGACUCAUCUACCAUAUGGGCGAAGUACCAGAAGAAUGUUGAAGCAUACCACAACAGAAGUGGCAGCAUGAAGCCAAAUAUAGUUCCCAAUUGUAUUCGGUCAGAGAGCUAUAUGAUAACCUUCGAAGUUGAGGAAGAGAAGUUUCCAUUAUUUGGAAAGAAAUACCAGUUAAAAUUUGCGCAUGACCCUGCUGAAACUCAUUGCUUGGUUCAUUUUCCUAGCUUGAUCAGGUUGGCCCGGGAAGCUGGUUUGGAGUAUGUGGAGAUUCAAAAUUUGACAGAGUUCUAUGAUGAUAACAGAAUGCAUUUUGCAAGCAUGCUAUUGAAUGCUGGUCCAAACCUAGUGGAUCCGAGGGGAAGACUUCUUCCUCGGUCAUUUGACGUGCUAGGUCUAUAUACAACAUUUAUAUUUCAGAAGCCAGACCCAGAUGUUGCCCCACCUCUUGCAACCCCACUAUUGCAGGACGAUAGUUUCAAUCAUGAUGAGAGAGAGUGGAAGGCAACUGUAUGGAGAGACGAUGAAAAGACUACAGAGCCACCACCACCACCACCACCACCACCACCACCUCUUGGACUGGGCAAGAUAAGUGAACAGAAGGGGAUUUUGGGUCCUGGGCCAGCAGAUUUACGUUUCUCAGAGGCACUUUGACCUAACAAUUGGAAGGAAGCAAAAGGAGCAUAAAACACAAGAGGGUAACACCAUAGAAUGUAUUUAUCUAACUUCUUCAUGGUUGUUCAUAGGUUAACUUGCAUGCAUCCUUGUGUAACGCGUGUCUAUGUUGUGCAUGUAAUUUAGACCAAAUAGACAAUGUUUGGAACACCCUAACAGAAAUUGUAGUUUGCCUGAACCUGAUCAUUUUGUCAAGGUUUUGUGGGAAUAUUCAAUGCACAUCUUAAAUGUUUAGGUC